CAGACCGCGUACAAUGACAGAAGGAGCUAACCAAAGUCUGUGUCCGUUCAGAUGAUGUCAGGGAAUAUAUUUCGUUGCUCAGUUUAAUGCGUUGGAGCCUUUUCACAUUCGCUUUUCCAAAGGCAUCUGCAUUUCCACUGUGUUUCUUUGACUUUGACCACUCUGAAAAUGCCUUUUCCACCCAUAAACCUCCAUCCACGGAUUUCCUCUCCUGGGAAGGAGCUCUUCAGGAAAAAGAAGUCAAACCUUGUGCCUACUCAACAUUUGUUAGGAAGUAAAAUGAAGGAUGAAAAAGACUCUGAUCGAGAGAAACUGUCCACGUCGUGGCAACUUAGCAGAAAGCCGCAGCAACAGUUGAGUAGGGCGUCCGCUCCCAGGUCGGCUGCUAACGGAGAAACCGAGAGCAAGCACUCCGGUCUCGCUGUGCCCAAAUCAAUGGGCAACUCCUGCGACAGCGUCCCACGGUCUAGUUCCGGUGAGUCCGGGGCGCAGAGGAGUCAAAAGUACGCCUCUCGAAGUUCGCUCGGCAAGGAGGAAGGGGAAGAGGAGAUUCGUUUCUCUCUGAGCCUAACACCAGAGGCAAUCCUGGUCAUUCAGAAGCGCAAUUUGGAGAAACAGAUGAUGGCCAAGCAACAGAAAUGCUGCGCGUCAGGAGACUUCAGACACAGGCGGGUUUUCCCUUCCAAGAGGACGCAAGGCGGCUCCAAAAGCACUGUGCCGGUAGCCAAGCUCGAGACUCCAGGAGAUGACAUCAGGACGAUUGUCAAGAUAUCCCUCCUGAACGACCAGUACAAAUAUGACGAUGUCGAGUAUGAGGAAGAGGAUGGAGAUGUGGAUGAAACAGUCAUGAGGAAAUGUAAAGAAUGGCUCAAAGGUGUAGAGAGUGCUGCUGCUUUUGGGAAAAUAGACAGACUGUCAUCCCUCCCCCAUUUGAAAAGCUGACAAAUGACUAUUCAUUUGAACUCUGACCCGAGCUGGAGACACUUUUAGUUUAGAUUUGAUUAUGGUUCAUAAGACAUGAACGAAAAACGUCACCCACUUAGUUGCCACAGCCACAGUGAACUGAGAGAUGUUGAGUGGUGUUUUGAUUGAGCUUGUUAGUCACACGACUGUUAAAAUCCUCUUGCACACUGCUGUCGUUAUCAUUUUGGCUUCUUUGUGGAAAUGUAUAUUAUUAUAACAUGUGAUGUGAGUGAGAAUGAAGAAUUUCUAAAUGACAGCAGCUAUCUUGAUCUUCUUGCCUAGAGACUCUUCCUUUGUGCCAGAGAACAAUAGCCUCCUGAACGGUGUCUAUGCGCCUUAGCGUAGAGGGGACAAAUUAUCUUUUGUAAACAAUAUUAUUUAUCGCUAUAUGCCGAGUUGAUGACACGGGACAGCUAUUGUUACCCAAUGUUCAUAACAACCCGUGUUUGUACAGUAUUUAUUAUGCAAUCUCACAAGGGUCAGGGGACCCCAAAUGUAUUGCUUUUUUUCUGUCACUUUUAAGUAUUUUGUAAUAAAACUUGUUA